GUCGUAUCCCAACCCAUGUCAUUUUCAGACGAGUCAGAAGAAAUGGGCCCCAUCACGCCUGCCAUGAAACGCUUUCUCAGCGCCGAGCGCUAUGCCGUCAUCGGUCGUGUCCUCGAUGACCGUUCUCGCUGGGACAACAAGGUCCUUAGGUGGUACCAAGCGCGCAACUACCCAGUUGCUGCUGUACGACCCGACAAACCGUCCGAGUCCAUCGAAGGGCUGGACGUGCUGACUGAUCCUCUUUCCAUCCCAUCCCUCCCCUCUACCUCCGUGUCUAUCAUCAUACACCCGGUCAAGUCGCUCGGCAUCCUCCAGUCCCUCUUUGCCGACCCCGCCAACGCGCCUCACAGUGUUUGGUUCCAGCCGGGUGCGGAUGAUGACAGUAUCUGGAAGUGGGUCAAGGAGAAGGGAUUGGAGGAGAAGAUUGUGGGACAUGGUGCAUGUGUACUGAGGGAUGGAGACGGUGUAUUGGACGCCAUCAAGAGCGACGGCAAGGCCAAAAUCUGAAUGGUAUGCAGCAGGUCGUGGAG